AUGCCUGUCGGGACAUACCUACCUAUCGCUUCCCUCGUCGAAAUCAUCACCCACACCUGCAUCGCUCGCUGGCACCGCGUUGUCGGGUGCCGCGGUGACGAACCAGAGAUGCAGCCACAAGUUAUCCCACGCCACUUCCAGAAGGUCCACGAGCACGAGCACGAGCGUCCGUACCUACCCGUAGUACCUGGAGGCGGGUUCAUGUUUAUUUGCUCGUUCCAGCAAACCAAUGUUCAGCCGAGCGGUGCUUGUUCCCGACUCCGUCUUACAGCCCAGCUCGUUGUCUUGCUAUUCGCCCCCUCUCCAACGCGACGAAGUGGUCCACGCUCACGCCUUCCCUUUGGCCUGUCCCCGACAUCUCUUCGCUGUGACACUUGCUCGGCCCUUGCCCGACAUAUGGUGACUGGCCUUGACCUCUCCGUCAGGUAUCCACGCGAACCGCUUGACUUUCACGGCGCAAGAAUUGUCCUAACAGAACGCAGCAGCGACAGGCAGCUCAAAUAUCUGGCUUCCGCCACCGUGCUCGAAAGCUGCCACAUCGUCUCUCCAUCGCUUCCGCACGACCCGUCGCCUCACUCACCUCACGCUUCUUGGACGAACCUUCCAUCGUCUGCCUGUCUCAAAAUGAGCUUACCUCAAGAACACGGGCAGAGGAGACCGGAUGACACACUUUCCGUAGUCAGAGCGGAACUGGCAAGACCAAAGUAUCCGCCCUCGACUCUCCAACAAGUCAUCUCUUCUGCCCUUCCCAAGUUCGCUGCUAUGACGGAGCCGGUUCUCAUGAGCAAACCGGCACCCGAGGGACGGACACGCAGUCAAGGGAUGGAACCCGUCACAGCAAUGUCCAAAUCCCAGCUCGUCGAGGAGCGAGGACGAAGGAUGGCUGCGCGGUACGGCCUCGAGAUCAACGCCUUUGACUUCCAGCCCGGUGCAAACGAAGGCACCGUCCUACGUGUCCACAAGCCUAUUCGCAUGCGCAUCCGACCAAAAUGCCACCUGCGUAGAGCUGGCUUUGCCGUCAACCGAGAGUGUCCUGGUUGCCGCCAUGCCCGCUGCACAAAUUGCUUCCAUUGUCCUGCAAGGAGCCCCGAGCCUGACCAGGGCUUGAAACAAGGAAGGAGAGCGACCUUUGUCGUUCAGGCAUACAAGCAGAACCCCCGUGCUUUUGCCGACUCCUUCUACGACCUCGAUAACCUGGCACUCAAGCGACCAAGCAAGACGGGUGGCCAAGAAUUGGUGUACAAGAAGCCCCGCCAACGUGUGCGGAGGACCUGCCAUGAGUGUCAGACUCAGUUCCGGACAGGCGGCAAGAGAUGUGAUGGGUGCAACCACAUUCGAUGCACCGACUGCCCCAGAGAUCCAGCAAGGACAGACAAGUAUCCUUUCGGCUAUCCCGGCGAUGUUUUUGGGCCCAAUAGUAUUCCUCGCUACGAGUGUGAGCAUUGCAAAGCCCUGUUUCGGGCCGACGCUGAGUAUGGAACGCCAUGUCGGAAGUGCGGUCACGAAAUGUCGAAAAUGUCUCCUCGUGCCUUGCCUCGCAGAGUAGAACCGGAGCCAGAUCCCGAGAUCCUGAAGUCGAUAAUGGCAAAGUUGGACAGGCUCGCCAUUGCGUGA